AUGUUGCCCGCGCCAUUACAAGCGAUGUGGAAUAAAUGGCGCCAAGAGUUAAGAAAUGUUGUCCAUGUAAAGGUUCCACGAUUUUAUUUUGGAAAUGGUUUGCCCUUGGAGUUAGAGCUGCAUGUUUUUGUUGAUGCCAGUGAAGAUGCCUUCGGUGCAGUUGGCUAUUGGAGAUAUACAACAUCUGAUGGACAAAUAGGAGUGUCGUUUAUAUCUGCCAAGUCGAAAUGUGCCCCAUUGAAAUGUAUGACUAUUCCCAGAUUAGAACUACAAGCCGCCGUUUUGGGGACCCGAUUGAUGGACACUAUAAUGAAGGAACAUGAACGCAAAGUUUCUCGUCGAAUCUGUUGGAGUGACUCUACAACCGUCAUUAGUUGGAUUGGUUCUGAAAGCAGGAGAUAUAAACCAUUUGUUGCCCAUCGAAUUGCCGAAAUACUUGAUUCGACACGCCCAACUGAUUGGAGAUGGUUGCCUACAGAUCUCAAUGUUGCCGAUGAUACUACAAGAGCUAAAAAUGAAGUUGAUUUUUCCAUUGAUACACGUUGGUUCCAAGGGUCACAAUUUUUGUAUGAAAACGAAGCUGACUGGCCGAAUAAGAAUUCUGAAAAAUCUGAUGAUUUGUGUGAAGAAGAACUACGCCCCAAAUUUGUCAUGCUGGUUAGUACAAAUUUAGUAAUUGAUUUUAAUCGUUUUUCUUCAUUUCUCAGGCUUAAACGAACAAUGGCUUGGGUUCUGAGAUUUAUCAAUCGCUGCCGAAAAUAUGAUAAAUGUAAUGGUUCGAGAUGCCUGUGUGGUGAAGAGUUAAGGGUUGCUGAAACUAGUCUGUGUCGUCUGUCCCAAGAAGAGUGUUUCGCCUUUGAAAUAAACGUUUUAAAAUCUGAUGGUUCGUUAAAAAAGGACAAUGAGUUAUUUUCCCUUUCGCCUUAUUUUGAUGAAAAUAAUUUACUUCGAGUGAGCGGUCGUAUUGAUGCUGCGAGUUGGUUGCCUUUAGAUGCCAGGCACCCCAUUAUUUUGUCGUCCUGUCACCGCUUUACACAACUAUUUGUUGCCCAUGUGCAUAAUAAAAUGAGACAUGAGGCUACCAUAGGCGAAAUAAGGAAAAGGUUCUGGAUUCCACGACUUCGAAAUCUGUUGAGAAAGACUACAUCAAAUUGCAACAUUUGUAAGGUUCGUCGUGCCGUUCCAGUAGCUCCUUUUAUGGGAUCGUUGCCAAGUGAUAGACUAAAUCCAUAUGUCCGGCCAUUUACUUAUGCUGGUGUUGACUAUUUUGGCCCAUUAAAUGUGACUGUUGGUAGACGCCAUGAAAAACGUUGGGUUGCCCUGUUUACGUGCCUUACAAUCAGAGCUGUACAUUUAGAAGUGGCCUAUGAUCUAUCUACUGAUUCGUAUAUUUUGGCUAUACGGAAUUUUAUAAAUCGUCGUGGCACCCCGUUGAAGAUUCGGAGUGAUAAUGGAAAGAAUUUUGUUGGAGUUAACCAAGAAGCCCAGCGAUUUGAUGAAGUAUUUGAUCUGGUUAAAAUUGAAGAUGAGUUGUCCACAAGGGGCAUUGAAUGGCAGUUUAAUUGUCCACAUAAUCCUGCAGAAGGUGGAAUAUGGGAGCGAAUGGUUCAAUGUGUUAAAAAGGUUUUAAGAGUAACCCUAAAAGAAGUCGCCCCAAAAGAGCACACCUUGCAAAGUUUUUUAAUUGAAGCCGAAAACAUCGUGAACUCUCGCCCAUUGACUCACUUGCCUGUCAGUCCGGAAGACGAAGAACCAUUGACGCCUAAUCAUUUCUUGUUGGGUUCUGCAAAUACGGCUCAAACGCCAGAAGGUAUUGAAAUUACAAAGCCAGUGGUACUGAAGAAGCAGUGGCGAAUUGCUCGACAGCUACGAGAUCAUUUUUGGAAAAGAUGA